GGGCAUGGACUUGGCAUAGGUUGCAGGCGUGGGACGUCGGGCAACUGCAGCGGCAUUGCUUGGGUAUGGCAGUGCAAAGAACCGAAGGUCGUGGAGACGCUAAGGUUCGGUGGCAUGCUUCGGGAGGUGUCACAAGGAUGGGUCAAGCGUACACAGGGGCUGUGCGGGUUGGACAUCAUAUUUUUGGAGAAGCACACAAGGGAGUGGGGCGUUCACCAAAAUUGUUGGCCGUGGGUCAACAUGUUGCUAGUUGGAUGGGAGGAUCCUUUGGCAGCGGAGCGGAAAGCUCGACAUUUGGACUUGAGAUCGUGGGCCAGAUCUAAGUUCAAGGCACUUGGAGCGUGGGAAGACGUCAGUGCAUGUGGCUGAUCAGUGGCACGUUUGGGACGGGGCAGACUGAUGCAGCGUGGUCCGGCGUCACACAGGGGUGUGAAGCGUUGUGUUGGCAUGGGUAUUGCCAAUGCGGAGCGGAAGGCUCAAAGCACAAGGGAUGUGCGCAAGGCUGACAACGGUGCAAGUGGCUUGUAGGCGUUGGGCAGCAAAGCUCAAGUGAUCAUGCAGGGGAGUGUGAUGCACGGCGGGGCUUAGCAGCGUGGAGUUGCGAACCUAACAGUUGGGGUUCAAAGCUCAAGUGAUCAUGCAGGGGAGUGUGAUGCACGGCGGGGCUUAGCAGCGUGGAGUUGCGAACCUAAC